AUCUGACAUUUUAUAAUACAUUUUAUAAUGCAAUUCUAAAGUUUUGCAUGCAGGUCUUACUAUAAUGCAGGUCCUGUGCCUCCUAUUUGCCUCCGCUACUGCUCCAGUAUUCUGUCUGUCAAUCACAGAAUGUUUGCUGUAUCCAUCGCAACAGAGCUUCCUCUCCUGUCUGGUGCCUAUAUGACAAUAAGAUCAGGAGGAAUGCACCAUCAUCCGUUCUGUUUGAUCUAACUAUGCUCUGAUAUUAGGACCAAACCAGCUCAUGAUCGAUCAGCUGUAUGUGACACAUCAUGUUUAGUACCAUGUACAGUAUGGGCAAACAGGAAAAUGGACCCAACCUGGCUGGAGAAUGGCGCAGAGACAGUUCACCCGAGAGUGUAAGACAGCCACAACAGCACCAACUGUGCAGACUACCAGCCACAGAGGGCCAGACGUCAUCGUGAGACAAAUGGCGCCAUGGAAAGCUGAGGGCCUUGCUGCCAAGCUGCUCCUCUCCCACCACGGCACGCUGCCUUCCCAUUACCUGGUCACCCUCUAUGAUGAGAUGUACAGGCGCCAGGGCUCCUCCACCCUGCUCACAUUGUGCUCCUGGCAUCCAGACAGGCUGGCGAGGAUCCCAGAGAAGUCUGACCACCACCGUUAUCCAAUCUUGUCAGCUGUAAUUACAAACUGGUGUCAAGUAAAUAAAAGAAGUCAAGAAAAAAAGAAGCAGUGUUCCACAGUUAAAGUUUAGGCAGAAUAAAUGGCCUUUGAUUAUUCCAAAUAUGUCACAGAUAUACUGAAACUAAUGGCUGCAUCACUGUAACAGCUGAGCUCUCUCUCCUUCUCUCUCCCUCCCACCUCCAACUAACUUUGGCCUGGUGGAGUCUAGACAGGUCUGUCUGGACCAGCAGCAGCCCCCCUUCUCGACGCUAAGUGUGUACAGGACAGCGUACCAGAGGCACCCACUAAGUGCAUUCUGCCAGCCCCGCUUAGCCAGUGUGCCACGUGACCUUUCCAGCAAGCUCCAUCCUGACAAUCUGAACAACAAGGACCUGGAAAUCAAACAACAGUCUUGUAGACAAGUCCAAGACAACUCAGUCUCCGCGAGCCUCUUCCCUCCCCUCUCUUGGGUGUAGUAACAGAGCUCAGGCUCACAAGCUGUUUAGAUACUCAGGGGCCGUACUCAACGUGGUGCUGUUUGAGGAUUACAUUUUUUAUUAGUCUGAGGCAUGAAAAAUUUAAUGGAGCAGAACAUUUGGGAAAUCAAAAGACGUAAAAAUUAAACAGGAGUCUCAUUAUAAUCUCUUAAAGUCUAGGCUCUCUCUUCCAGUGUGUGUGUGUGUGUGUGUGUGUGUGUGUGUGUGUGUGUGUGUGUGUGUGUGUGUGUGUGUGUGUGUGUGC